UUUAGGCAAAUGAGGCUGCCUCGGCCCUCCCCGUCUCCAGGUAUAUAAAGUGGGGAGCGCUCCCGCCGACGGCCAAUGCGCACGGAGAGCAGUGUCCCCGCUGCAGACGGACGUGGAGGCGGCGAUGAGAUUCCCGCUGGCUUUGGCCGUGCUCCUCCUGGCCUCGGCGCAGGCGCUGGCUGAGGAAAUGGGCACCGCCGACGACCUCAGCUACUGGUCCGACUGGUCCGACGGCGACCCGGUGAAGGAGGAGCUGUCGCUGCCCCUGGAGCACUUCCUGCAGAGGAUGGCUCGGAGACCCCGGCCCCAGCAGUUCUUCGGCCUCAUGGGCAAGCGGGAUGCCGGAUAUGGCCAGAUCUCUCACAAAAGGCAUAAAACAGACUCUUUUGUUGGACUUAUGGGCAAAAGAUCUUUAGAUUCUGGAUCCUCUGAAAGGAGCACAGCACAGAGCUACGAGCGGAGGCGCAAAUGAGACCUUCCCGUGUGUUAUUUCUGACCACUUUCUUUGUUCCUCUGCCCAGUGCAGUGUAAUAUAAACUACUCACCCUCUGGAA